CUGCCCGGCGCCGCGCCCGGCCCUCAGGAGCCCCUCGCCUACUUCAAGGCGGCCGGCGGCGGGCAGGAGCCCGGCGGCGCGGGGGCGGCCACGGUGCUGGACGAGGUGGCGGUGCUGGAGCUGGAGGACGGAUGCUGCGGCCAGGACGAGGAUACAUGGUUGUAUGUCUUGCCUAACAAGACUCUCACUCUUCAAGAGAAAUCACUGAGUCCUCUGCAGUGGUGCAGACGUGUUCUGGAUCAUCCAAGUCCCGAGAUAGAGGCUGCAAAACGUUCCCUAUGCUUUAGACUGGAACAAGCUAGUCGAUGGCGGAGCCUCUUCUCUACACCUGUCUCCUUGGCUUUCCCCUAUAGUCCCGUUGCAAGACUCACCCCAUAUACCAACGGCUUUAAUAGUCCCAGCUUCUCUAAAACCUCCAGUAAAGCAAUACUAACACCUGAACGGACAGGUUACAUCUCUAGAAGUUCCCCUCUGAGCCCACAGUCAUCAAUAGACAGCGAGCUGAGCACCUCAGAGCUGGAGGAUGACUCUAUCUCCAUGGGAUACAAACUGCAGGACCUCACCGACGUUCAGAUCAUGGCUCGUCUACAGGAAGAGAGCCUUAGACAAGAUUAUGCUUCGACUUCAGCAUCAGUGUCAAGACACAGUUCAAGUGUAUCACUGCACUCGGGAAAGAAGGGGACAUGCAGCGACCAGGAGUAUGAUCGCUACAGCCUUGAGGAUGAGGAAGAAUUUGACCACCUCCCACCCCCACAGCCACGGCUCACCCGCUGCUCCCCAUUCCAGAGAGGGAUCCCACACUCACAGACUUUCUCCAGUAUUCGGGACUGCAGGAGAAGCCCUACUUCCCAGCCCUUUCCUUCAAGUACUUAUCAGCAGCCCUACUAUUCUCCUCAAGUCCAAACUCCAGAGCAGCAACCAAAUAGGAUUAACGGAGAUAAACUCCGAAGAAGCAUGCCUAACCUAGCUCGGAUGCCAAGUACCCCUACCAUUAACAAUACUGCUGGCUUUGCUAGUUCUCCAGUCACUGUGAGGAACAGUCAGAGCUUUGAUUCCAAUCUGCAUGGAGCAAGUAAUGGGAUUUCUAGGAUGCAGUCAUGUAUUCCAUCUCCUGGACAGCUUCAACACAGAGUUCACAGUGUGGGACAUUUUCCAGUGUCUGUCAGGCAGCCUCUCAAAGCUACUGCCUACGUAAGCCCAACUGUACAAGGUAGUAGUAGUAUUCCAGUGUCCAACAAUCUACAGUUACAUUCUAACACUGGGAUCCCAAUGCCCAACAAGAUUGCCAGUCAAGGGAUUUUGGGGCGCAGUGCUCUUCCAAGACCCUCGUUGGCCAUCAAUGGGAGUGGCAUACCCAGAAGUAAAAUUGCACAGCCAGUUCGAAGUUUUCUUCAGCCUCCAAAGCCACUUUCAUCACUCAGCACGAUGCGGGAUGGGAACUGGAGAGAUGGCUGCUAUUGAUGAACGAUGCCCAUGAACAAUGGAAAAUAAGUAAUGCAGAUUUCAUUACCCAGCUGGCUGGGUAACAAUGAUUUGGGAAAGGAGCAUCAUGCAAUAUUAUAUCCCCUGGGAUUUUAAUAUGUAAACAUCCACAAUGCAAUGCUGUUUUUUAAAAACAAACAUCUCAUCAAAUACUAAAUAUUGCACUUAAUCAGUUUCCUGAACAGCUGCAUCAGAAUAACAGUGGCAGAAUUAUUGUGUAGAACCGAAGAAAGUAUUAUAUAUGUGCAAAGUACUAGAGCAUUUCCUUUGAAAGAACUUGGAGUUAAGGAUUUUGGGGCAGUUUUGCCAUACUGAAAUUCUAAGAUAAUUUAUUCAGUAUAAAGGCAUUGUGUAUUUUAUUUUGAAUUUGGGGGGAACUUACAUAUGUGCUUGAAUUUUUUUUAGUGUUUCCAGUAUAUUUUAUUUUGUAUACUUGAGUUCAUUUAAACUUGCCUGAACCUUGAACAACAGAGAGAUGAUUUAACUUUUCUGUGCCAUAAAUAAUAUUUUUGGGGUAAUGUACUUUUUUAGCACUAGGAACAUAUCUUACAAAAUAAUACCAUUGGCAAUACAAAGCAGUAUAUUUAUGUUGCGAAAGCACAAAGAAGUAGCACUCACUGGAGACUGCCAUCCAGCAGGGUCAGCAUGGUUUUGUUGGUCUUUCACCAUUUGUUCAAUUGUUAAUUUAUUGUCAGUGUUUUGUAUUUAAAAUGGCAUCAUAAGUCACACUGCACUUACAAAGAUACAGUGAUCUCUAUGACUAUGUUUGGUUUUCAGUACUUUAUUACAAAGAUUAAAAUUGUAAUGUUUUAUUAACAGUUGCUUAUGGAAAAUGAGUUUUAAUGUGAAUAAAUCUUUUUGAUAGAUCUUUUACAAAAUCCAAUUGCACUAAUCAAUGCUUUCUUAUAAUGGCAUAUGACUUAAUAUUUGAUUACAACUGUGUAUACUGCUGUUUUGGAAUGUUUCAGAAAUAAAGAAUCUAUUUCAGCAA